UCCCUAUUCCGACGCCAUUGUCGCGGUGUGAGAGCUGCAUUUUACUAAAAUUUGUGAAAAUAUUAGUUUUGCCAAUGAAUUCAUGAUUUAUACGUGUUAUAAAGGUGUAUAAUUAGACAAUUGUGUAUUUAACUUUUCAAUAGUUCGAGUAAUGACUGUCAAUUGGUGUUAAAUUCUCGAAUUAACAACUGCGCGGGAAAUGUGGCAUCACAGAACUCAAUGUUUCUCCCGUUAUUGCUUCUGAUGAUAAAACGUUUUCAUACUUCAUAAAACCAAUAAACCAUCAAGAUGAAGCGUCCAAGAUUGUCAAAGCAAUCUAAGGUUCUUGAUCGGCAGUACCUAGAAGCGGAAUGUCGAGAUUGCUCAGUGGUAGUAACCCAAAUGGACUUCGCAAAGAUCUUGGGUAAAUUUACUAAGGUUAAAAUCCAGUACGAAAGCAGCUCACCCCAACCACAGAAGUCUUCUCGACAGGUAACCUCGCCUAACACAAAUGCAAGGCUAAAGAGCAAUGAAAAUGGAAUGGUGCUCAUUCAUAGAAACGCUUACAAAGAACACCCGGUCAAGGAGUUAAACUCAAAAAAUCCAUUGAAAACUUACUCUAACACCGCGAAGUCGAAGUCAGUAAAUAAUAAUAACAUUUUAAAAGAAAACAAUAGAUUAAAGAAAACAACAAGUAUAGUGAAAGACAAGUUUGAAAAAGUAACCACUAAGAAGAUAGGAAGUACUGGCUUUAAGAAAUAUGGCAUAAUAUUCAUUGAUCCCAUAAGUAACCAAUGCAAAGACCCAAAGAAUACUACAUCACUUCUAGAUUUAUUACCUAGCAUUGAUAAAAAUAUUUUACCGAGUGACGAGUGGAGCAUAGAUUAUCUUCCUCACACUGAAGAACCUAAAGAAGAUAAGGUUUAUGACAGGAUAGCUGCUGAACUUGAAGAUCUCAUGUACAAUGAGAAAAGUAUCAUAGCUCCAUCUGAAAAGAAUGAGGGUUCGGAGAGUAAAGAUGACUUUCCCUCUAUUUUAGAUAUUCUUAAUGAAACACCUUCUGAAGGUAAUAAUGCUAAACCGACAGAGGAAAAUGGUGAGCAAACAUCUAAACCCAGUAUAGGUUCAAGUGAAGUGGAGGCUAUGCUUCUAGAUGAUUCUGGUACGUCCAAACCAUUGGAAACAAAGGAUUCCACUAUUGAUAGCCUCAUUGAAGAUGUUGGUGAGCUUCCUACUGUCACAGAACCGGAACAAAAAGGUGUCACUAAUAUUGAAGAACCUGGCAGUCCAUCCAUUUUAGAUGAAGCUUUGGAAAAAGGUAUAGCGGAACAAUUGCCUGAAAAGUCAAGCCAAGAAGAAACAAUAAAACAAAGUAAUAAUGGUGAGGCUGUAAAUGAACCGGCGGAGCCGAUGGAAACAGAUGAACAUCCAGGAGAAAGUAGUGUUGCUAAUCAACCUAAAACAACUAUUGAAAUUGAAUCAAAGGGUCCUGCAAGAGAAAUAACACAUCUUGUGUUUAAGAAAGUUAAAGAUGGUGCCUGUCACAAAUCUGUGACUUGUCCUAAGACCUUGAAAUAUAGCAUUGAAUUUUUGGGGAAGCCUGUGGAACUAUUAGGUGCUCCAAAGUUUAUAUCCAGCCGAGAAGAGUUGCAAGUAUUGCUACAAAUUGUCAAUGAAAGUGAACUGGAGAGUUUUUAUGUGCUACAGUAAUACUAAACAUCUGUUACUUACUACUUUAUGGCAUAUAUUAUGUACAUUUUGUUUAGAUAAUAGCCAUUUUCUGGUUUUCGAGCACUAUAUUUAAAAGCACUAUUGUAUAAUAAACAUCAGACUAAAUUAUGAAUUGUUAAUAGCUACAACAAACCCACAAUUAAAGUCAUAUAUUUCAAACCUGAACCACAUUAUUUUUAAAUAGAAACGACUAGAUUAGGUACAGCUAUGACUUUAUAAGACUUUUUAGAUUUAUCACUUACUUUUGUUAGGACAUAGAUAUAUUAUUUCCUAAAAUAAUACAUGAAAUAGACAUUAAUUAUCUUUUGACUUAAUAUCUGAUGGUGUGUAUGAUUGAUGAUAAUAAUAGGUAACACUUUUACCUAUAUUCAUGAAAGUUCUUCGUUUUUAUUUAGUUUAAAAUUAAAUCCUAAUAAAAUGCCAUGUUUUUACAUAACAUGUUAUUAUUUAUUCCUACACUGUGUAAUGAAUGAUAACUUGAAACCAUUGAAGUAGUUAAAACUGGUAUUUUUUUACCAAAAUGUCUUGCUUUUCUGAACUUUGUUUCAAGUAGGUAGGUAGAUAUUCCAAAAUAGGUACAUAAAUGAAAAUUUCUUGUAGCUUUGUAAAAAUAUUAGUGUUUAUUUUACAAUAAUCAAAUAUAGAGAAUGUAUGACUUAUCUGAAUGUUAAUUCUUAAAAUACAGUAUGUCUCUCAAGUUUGUUUAAAAUAUAGACACCUUGAUGGUUAAA